UCUUCAUCCACAGUUCUCUAUUCUCUCCCCAACACACACAAAAGCUUUCUCCUCAACCAAUUAACACACAUCUACACAAAUAAUCAUGGCUGCCAAGGUUGGAAACUACGAAGGUUUUGAUCACGUUGUCUUUUGGGUAGGAAACGCCAAGCAGGCUGCCUCAUUCUAUACCACCCGCUUUGGUUUCAAGGAGAUUGCUUACCGUGGUCUGGAGACCGGUCACCGUGAUGUCUGUUCGCACGUUGUCAAGCAGGACGACAUUGUUUUCGUCUUCCAGUCCCCUUUGAACCCCAAUAACAAGGUCUUCUCUGAUCAUCUCGCUCUCCACGGUGAUGGUGUUAAGGAUGUUGCCUUCACAGUCGAUGAUGUCCACGCCAUCUACAACCGCGCUAUUGAGAAGGGCGCUAAAUCGAUUCGUGCUCCUUUCGAGGAAAAGGAUGAGCACGGCUCUGUUUGGAUGGCCACCAUUGCCACCUAUGGCGACACAGAGCACACUUUUGUUCAGCGCAACGGUUACAAUGGCAUUUUCUUGCCUGGAUACGUUAAGCCUCGCACCCACGACCCUCUUGAAGAUAUCCUCCCCGUCAUUGGUCUCAACUACAUUGACCACUGCGUUGGUAAUCAGCCCGACGGUGAGAUGCUCAAGGCUUGUGAGAUGUACGAGCAACAGUUGGGUUUCCACCGCUUCUGGUCCGUUGAUGACUCACAGAUCCACACCGAGUACUCGGCCCUUCGCUCCAUUGUCAUGGCUGAUGCCACCGAGAAGGUCAAAAUGCCCAUCAACGAGCCUGCUGCGGGUAAGAAGAAAUCCCAGAUCACAGAGUACUGCGAGUAUUACGGCGGUGCUGGUGUCCAGCACAUUGCCCUCAACACAAACAAUGUCAUUCAGGCUGUCUCCAACCUCCGUGCUCGCGGUAUGGAGUUCUUGUCCGUCCCUUCUUCGUACUAUGAGAACUUGCGUCUCCGUCUUCAGGGAUCUUCUACCAAGAUUGCCGAGGACUUGGAUACCAUCCAGAAGCUUGAUAUCUUAGUCGACUAUGACGAGUCUGGUUACCUUCUUCAAAUUUUCACCAAACCUGUCCAGGACCGCCCUACUGUCUUUAUCGAAAUUAUUCAACGUCGCGGCCACGAGGGCUUUGGUGCUGGAAACUUCAAGGCUCUUUUCGAGGCCAUUGAGCGUGAACAGGAACUCCGUGGCAACUGCUAAGUCAGGAAUGGCAAGGACAAGUCGAUCUCUAUCAUACGCAUUCAUAAUUCCCCUUCUUGUUGCAUAUAUUCUACAUCCAACCUUUUUCAUGUCUCUCGCAGGCAAUACUCUUUUGUACAAUAAAAAUAAAAGUUUAUAAAGAAAUGC